GUCAAAAAGUGACUCCUCUGGUUGGCUACCGCUGCGGGUUGAACUUUUUUGUUUCGGCUCGCGUAGACUCAAAAAGAAUCUUUAAAAUUAAAUUUUGUAGUGAAAACGUCGCGUCUUUUUUGCAUUCGUUCCGUCGUUGUAUCCGCGCGGAGUUUCGAUUGUGUAGUGCGCGUGAAUCGGGAUACAUUUUGCGGUCGGUUUCGGAAAUCGUGUGUUUUGGGUUAUCGUUUUAAUUUCUGCGAGCGGGUGGAGGGCGCUUUUCCUCUGAAGGACGCCGGGUGGUUUACGGGCAGGAACAGAAGUCAAGCGACAACGGGACAAGAAGUGCACGACGGUCUUCUUCGAAUAUUGCUGUGGAGAAGGGCGCUGGACGACGAGCAAGAGAGGGGAAGCUAACGCAAGGUUUGAUUCUGAAUCGAUUCGGAUCGUAGUUGAUCGAGAUAAAGAUAAAGAUGGACACAACCAACACGACGGAAGAUCCUAUGAAGGAAGUCUCGCCCGAAGAGGUGGCAGAGGAAAAGCCAGCAUCCGAUAAGAAGGCAGAAGAAUCGUCCGAAAAGGCAGUAGAGGAGAACCCGGUUGAAACAGCUGGAGGUGACAAUGUAAGCUCGUCUGCCAACAAAGUAGAUGAGGAAGAGCUUGUUAAGACGGCUGAAGAGAAGGAAGUCAAGGAAGUUGAAGUCCAAGCGGAACAAAAGACUGAAGAGCCCAGCAAAGCAGACGAUAUAGAUAGUACUCCUCAACAAGUGGAAGGGACUGCACUGGAUGAAUCUGAUGAGAAGUUUGAAGACGCUGUAGAUUCCGAGGAACAUCUGGAGGCGGAACAAACUUCCAAAUCCAUCAAGGAAGCUCCAUCGAAAGAAGUUCCCUCCGAAGCGUCAUCGGCACCGUCCUUCACCGCUCUGCAAUCGUGUUCCUCCGAAAAUCUGAUCACCUUACAUGUUACGGAAUCGUUCGAGAUUGAAGACUCGCCGGAAAAAUCCCCGGUCAAAAUGGUACCCAAUCCAGCUGCCAAAGUACGUCCUGGGCCUUCCGCGGUCAAACGGCUGCCCAUCAAAAGUCCGGAAAUCGUAACCGUCGAUCUGGACGAUGACGACGACGAUGAAGAUGAUGACGAAGAGACCGGAACUGCUGCGGCUGUCCGAGAUGAAUAUGACGACGAGGAGGACGAUUUCGAAGAGGACGAUGAAGAUGAUUACUACGACGAUCCAGAAAGUGACGAUCAGGACGUGAGUCGAGUGAUUCAGGGUGCGAUGGAUGCCUUGGAAGAUCCGGAGUCUGACAACGAGGAGGACAAGAUGGACGUGAGCUCCGAUGAGGACGAUUACAGUGAAGAUGAUGAACAGCCAAGUGUGGUAGUGCCGAAGGGUGUCGCGAGUGAUAGUGCCAAUAGCAAGCGAAAAAGAAGUGAUUACUUGGAAGAAGAGGAAAUCUACGAUUACGACGAAGAUGAACCGGAAGAAGAUGCAGAUGAUGAUGAUGAUGAGGUGGCGGAAGUGGUUGCUCUAGAAGGGGGGAAGCAUGGCGAAAAGAAGAACCCCAAAGCAGCGGUUUCAAUGGGGCAAAUUAGUGUCGAAGAUGAAAGUGAUGAAGAUGUGGCGGCGCGGAUGAAGAAAAAGCCUCGCAAAGUUAGCUACAAAUCGUACAAGCAGAAACUGAUGGCGAAGAUUCGACGAAGGACAUAUAAAUUAUUAAACAAGCGCAGUAUGCACGUUAUGGAAGAGGGCAGCGAUGCGCUCGUCUGCUCCGAUGCCGCCAAGAUAGUCAGUCUCAAGUCGACCAUCAGCAGCGUGGGGGUGAAAACGGCUCCUGAAGAAGCUGCAACCAUUAAGGAUCACAAAUCCAAGGAAGAACAAACGGUUACUCCUAACGAAGUACAGCGGAAAGAAAGAGAGGAAGCAGUGGUGACAUCCGGUGAUGCCGCGAAAGUUGUGAGUGAGCAUAAGAAGGACGAUGAAAACAAGGAAAACAUGACAGUGAAAGAUAACGCAAAGGAAGAACACCGUCGGGUGGAAGCAGAUGAGAAAGUGAAAACCAGAGACGAAGAAAGCAUUGAUAAGAAAGACCGGGAAGAGGAAGAUGGCAUAGCAGAGGAUAUCAUGGACAGUAUUGAUGAUAUUGUCGCAGAUGCAAAGAAGCAAAAUGGCUCCAGGAGUGAUUUCAACGACGAGCUUACAUUCCAAAUGGACGUCGAUGGAAGCGAAAAGGACGACGACGACAAUUACGAGCAUGAUGAGGAUGAAGAUGAGGAUGAUGAGGAAGAAGGUGCUGUCGACUUGUCAUCAUCAUAUGACACCAACAAGAGUGAUCAACAGACAGAUGACUCGGAUGCUGUGGAAACUAUCGACAGUUCUCCGGAAAAGGACAUGAGCAAAUUCGAGAAACCUGCACGGAAGCCAGAACCACUUCAAUUGGACAAUAAAAAUUCGUCCGACAGUCGGACUAGCAGCACCGAAAACCAGAUCGUCGUCAAAAAAGAAGUCGAGGAUGAUUCCGAGGAUAAUCAAGAACCAACUACAGCAAGCGCGAAAAAGUCUAGUCCUAGCCGAACAGAAAAGCAAUCAGAGAAAUCACGAGAAGCGGAAACUGUUUCUCGUAAACGCCGUCGUUCUGUAGAACAAGAUGAAACAGAAGAUGGCGAUGAACCCCUAGUUCCUUCUAAAAAGCUUAAGCGAGAGUUGGAAACCAAUUAUCCAACGCAUGAUCGACUGCUGAAAGAGUACAUCGAAACCACUUCCAAUCAUUCGGUGGAUGACAUCCAGAAGCACACCGAUGCCCUAACGGUCGAAAUUCAGACCUUAAACGAAAUGAUUCGUGCCAAAGAAAUCGAAUGGAACAACAUGAUCCAUUUGAAAAAAGUAAAAGAAGAGAUCCUACUCCGGCUUACGCGGAAAAAACAUGUCAUGGAUGUUAUGCAUACCAAGCUGGGAGAAGUCUCUGAGUAUUCCCACUUCGAUUCGUCAAACCUUACCAACGUGCGAUCCGCCUCUGUGGGGCCACGUCCCCCAACACCUCCGCCAGAGGUUGAUAUUCGUCCCGCUUCCGUGACACCGAUGCACAGCAGCACUCUCAACAAUAGCAAAAAUGCUAACGUUUCAAUCAAUUCGAUCUCCGGCAGUCGGCAAAUUCCCGGCAGCAAAGAUAACAGUCUGUUUGCUCAGUUCAACCACAGCAACAGCUCCGUAACAAUGGUGCCAUUGUCAACGUCCUCCUCGUUGAUCACAUCCACGAAUACAAUUCUGCAAUCUCGGGCUAACAUGAAGUCCUCCGAAGUAGCCAAGGAAAAGCCCAAUGCUGCCCAAAUCCAGCGGCAGAUUCUUCCCAAACCAGUGCUUUCCAACCACCAGCAGAUUCUGAACAACUUGGCCAUGUCUGCUGGGCUUACAGCCGCUGGCACUACUAGUUCCGGUGCUACGUCGAUCUCAAACUCUUCCACCACGGCUACUGUUGCCAGUGCCGCUAAUCUUCUUGCCGGAUUGUCCAAUAACAUCCUUGCGGGGUUGUCCGCUCAAACUGCCGCUCUUCUCAAUGGCCACCAUCACCCAUCCGCAUCCAACCAUCUCAGCCAAGCACAAGCCAAUCAGCUGCAAGUGGGUCGACAAGGCGUCAUCAAAGACGUUAAAAGUAUUAUCGCUGACUAUCGGCAGAAGCAUCCGGAGCAGGUGCCUCGUCGAGGGCGCCGCCUGAAGAAUAUUCCUACAUCUGGUUACGAAGGCAUCACUAUCACCAAUAAAAGCGGAUCAUCGCGAAUGCCAGAACUUGGAUUCCUACUGGGAGAGAACUCCCGUCCCUCUAGCAACGAUUCGUCCCAAAGCAAUUCCAACAACCAGCUGCCCUUUGCUGGUGGUCUAUCAACCUCACCCGCGGCCGGUUUUUCCAUCAGCGAUGUCCUAGCGCAGUUUGCCAAAAUGAGCCAAACCGAUCGCAACUUGCUGUCGAAUCUAACGGCCGCCGCAGCAGCAGCCGCAGCCGCAGCUAGCAGCGCAGCUACCGCAACCUCAUCCACUACUACCCAUUCUUCAUCUUCUUCCCACCAACAGCAGCAGCAACAAUCCCAACAAAACUCCGUUGCUUCCAAUCUGAGUAAAAAUUCAUACCCGGAAGUGACCCUGCAUCCGGUGAUGAAUUCCAGCUCUGCAACCGGUUCCAAUGCUGACCAGAAUCACAGCACCGGAAGCAAUUCCGGCAGUGGCGCUAAUCAGUCGCAAAACACCAGCAGCAAUGCCAACUCGACCAACUCGCUGCUGCACGGCAUUCUGACCAAGUCGUCCUCCCGUCCCAAUGCGGCCGGUUUCACGUCGUUUUCGCCCACGUUGGCCCGCCUGUUGACAGCACCGGAACGGAUGAACUCGCAGGCCGCUACCGUGACGUCCGGUGCGUUGGCCAACCUGCAGGCCAACACCGGUCUGAAUCUUUCCAAGUCGAACAGUGAAAUCACGAUCACUCCGGUGGUGGCCUCGAACCUCCAGCAGUCCCUGUUGGCUCACCAGCAACAGCUACAGGAACAGCAGAAGCAGCUGCAGCGGUUGCGGGAGCAGCAUUUCAUGAGCAUGGACGACGAAGCCGACGAUAGCGUGGAUCGCUUGGUGAUCGAUGAGGGUGACGAUCAUCACCACCACGGAACGGCAAACAGUUCGCGUAACGAGGGCCAUCGCGAAUCGGGUGUAGUUAUUACGACCCGCGGAGGCAACGGGCCCGAGUUCCACGAAAACGAAGUGCCAGAAUGCCAGGGCUGCAAGAAGCGAGAGGCCCAGUUCGUGUGCGCCGGCUGUGGCAACCAGUGGUACUGCAGUCGGGAGUGUCAGGUGAACGCCUGGGAUGAUCAUUCGGAAGUAUGCACCGGUUAAAGAAGCACCGCAAGCAUCAGAGUUCAAAGUUCCUGAUGACCAGGUAUUACUUUACUUUUUUAUCUGAAAUGACCAUUGAAUUCAACUAGACAAGAGACAUUCAACCGGCAAGCAAGCUAUAGCUAACUAAGAGAAUAAAGUGCAGCAGUGGCUGACGCUGCACCGUCAGUUAUCAGUAUGAAACGACAUGUUCUUAAAUUUUACCAAACUAUUUCUUCUAUUCUAUAGCCAAUCAUAGCUUAACUCCCUUUGAGACAACUCUUUCAAACACAAACUCUACGAAUGCAAAUCUUGACACAUGAUCCUAAAUCACCAGAAAAAAGUUCAAUUUCUCCAUUUUGAUAGGUUCCUCUGCACGGAGAUUCAAACUCCCAGCAUAGAUUUAAAAUCAAAACUUAUUUAUACAAACAGGACAUCAAAAUUCACCACUAGCAAAUAAGUUGCAUUUUGUGUCAAACAGGCAUAACAACCUUUGAAUUGUACAUCGAUAUCUCCAUUCAGUUUAUUUCCUAGUUUUACGAAAUUUUUAAUUUUUGCUAGAAUCCUUGGUUGAACAAGUGAAUCGUAGAUAUCUUUAGUGUUGUGUAGGAAAACUAACAACCACAAUCAUCUGUAUUCGCCGAGAACGAAUAGUAACCAGCAGUGUAAGAUUCUAACAGCUAAUGAAAAAAAAAGAAAAGAUGGAAUAGAGUAAAGACGCCGCCUGCCACAGAGUGCGCUGCAUUCCCCCACAUGGCAAUACAGUUCACUAAAUGGUAAAUUUAACACUAACAUUUAAUCAAACGCAUAUAUUUACCUAUCACUAUUGAAUAAUUAGAAGAUGCACACUGACUAAAAGUGAAUUGCUAAUAAAUCUGAUAAAUAACAAAAAAAGAUCUAGACUUGCGCUGCGAGAGGGUAAGAAAUACCCCCGAAUAGAGCAAAAGAGUAAGAUUACAGAAGCAUUGUAACUUAUCGCGGAAAUAGUACGUAUAGUUGUCACCGUAGGUUUUUUUUUCUCAAGAAAAUGUAAGAUGGUUUAAAAAAGUAAUAAAAUGAAAGCGAGUAAUAAACGUGAGUAUGUCAACUGAGAGCGCAGUCGUCUAAAAACCUAGACUUAGGAUCGAGGAUCAGUAUGUAUGGAUCGGAGGAGAUGCAGCACUUAGUAGGUGUUAAUUUCAACAGAAUAAAACACUGCAAGAGAAAAAUGAUUAGUAAGA